GUUAAGGAACCUUCAUCCCUGUUUGGGAAGAGUAGGGAGUUGUGAAAUGUUCUAUACAUAGAGCCAAAUACAGAACUAACAGGGUUUAUAUACAGCCCGACCCACUGAGUGCCUUCUGCUUCUGCCGGCAUGGCGGCUCUGAUCCUGGUCAUUAUUGCUGCGGGAAUGGAAAUCACUGGUGCAACAGUCCGGCCCGUGGUGUCCCUGGCCCCCAAUUGGUCCAUGAUAUUCAGGCGGGAAUCCCUAACCGUGUCAUGUGACUUGGCUUCUGCCCCCCAGGGGAACCAGAGUUACUAUUGGUACAGAGACAACCAGCUCCUGCCCACAAACCAGCAGAACUUUACCAUUCAGUCGGCUAGUAUGUUUGAUAGAGGGAAUUACCAGUGCCGGACCAGUACCAGUAAGAGAAGUGCCGCAGUUAGAUUGGAUGUUACUGACGAUUAUGCCAUCCUGCAGACGCCCCCUUCUGUUCAUGAAGGGGAUUUCUUAUCGCUCAGAUGUCACAGCUGGGCAGGUUACUACGAGGAAUAUACAGUAUUUUAUAAGGGGGAGGAGAUGAUACAAAAUUCCACCUCUGACCUUCUGUCCAUGGGGGCAGUUGCUAUAAAUGCAUCAGGUUUAUACAAAUGCACCAAGAAAUCCCAUUUUUUCUACAGGCCGGCACAGUAUAAAGCAACAAUAUCUGUUCUAGAGCUGUUCAGUGCCCCUCAAAUAAAACUGAGCCCCAAUCCAGUGACGGAAGGGGAUCACAUGACCAUAACAUGUGACACAGAGCUCAGCCCACACAGAGAGACUACAGAGCUGCAGUUUGCUUUCUACAGAAAUGGGCACAAUGUGCAGGGAUUCAACUCAUCCAACCAAUAUGGAGUCCCCUCAGCUCAGCUGGAGGAUUCUGGGAAUUAUACCUGUGAGGUACAGACUCCAACUGGCAGUGUGAGGAAGAGGAGCGGCAUGGCACAUAUCCACAUACAGGAGCUCUUCUCUUCUCCCAAAAUAAAAGUGAUCCCAGGUCAGGUGAGAGAAGGAGAUCACAUGACCAUAACAUGUGACACAGAGCUCCGCCCACACAGAGAGACUACAGAGCUGCAGUUUGCUUUCUACAGAAAUGGGCACAAUGUGCAGGGAUUCAGUUUAUCCAACCAAUAUGGAGUCCCCUCAGCUCAGCUGGAGGAUUCUGGGAAUUAUACCUGUGAGGUACAAACUCCAAGCGGCAGUGUGAGGAAGGGGAGCAACUUGGCACAUAUCCACAUACAGGAGCUAAUCUCUUACCCACAAAUAAAAGUGAGGCCAGAUCAGGUGACAGAAGGAGAUCACAUGACCAUAACAUGUGACACAGAGCUCAGCCCACACAGAGAGACUACAGAGCUGCAGUUUGCUUUCUACAGAAAUGGGCACAAUGUGCAGGGAUUCAGUUUAUCCAACCAAUAUGGAGUCCCCUCAGCUCAGCUGGAGGAUUCUGGGAAUUAUACCUGUGAGGUGCAAUGUCCCACUGGUGUGAGGAAGAGGAGCAACGUGGCACAUAUCCACAUACAGGGUGAGUUAAUGAGCUUAGCUUUUGUCUUAUUAAAAUGUAAGGCAUGGGACAUUCUUUUUACCAUAAAAUACUCUGGUCCAAAAGCCUUCAAAAUGCAUCAUAAAUAUCUCCAAGUGUUCAGGAUUCAUUACUGA